GCCUUACAAAUGGCGGCGACUCGUGUUUUGUAUAUCGCGUAUAAGUGAAGUGGCUAGAUGUUAAUGAAAGUUUUACGUAUAAUAAGACGAUAAAUUCAUUAGAAAAUGUAAGCAUUAAGUGCACAACUUGUAUAGGUUAUCUUCCGUUGACAUCGCUUCUCACCGAGAUGUUAUAAGCAUGAAUACGCACGUUUCUCGAGGAAUUUAAUCGAUGAAAAGAUAAAAAUGUCCAGCAGUAGUUCCGAAAGUAGUGACGACAACCGUCACGAAAAAUCACGGAAAAGGCAUAAACACAGACGCGACGAGAGCCCUAACCAAGACAGACGAACGAGCAGAAAGGAAUCGAGCAGCAAGAGUAAAAGCUAUAGAGAUCUCAGAGAAGGUAGGGACGUUCACAAAUUUAGCAGAGAAGUAAGAAGAGACAAUAAUGAUAUGCAUCGUGAUAGAUCGCAACGUGAGCGGGAUAGAGAAUUUAGGGAUAAUCGGCAUGAUCAUUCAAGGAAGGACGAUGAGAAACAAAAUGGUAAAAGAAGGUAUGAGAGGUCGCCUAUGAGAAGAGAGGAGCCUCGUCAAAGACACAGAGAAUACGAAGACAGGAACAGAAAGUACAGAGAUACAGGUGAAUUUAACAAGAGGCAUGAUGAUGCUAACAGAGAAAGAAAAAGUAAUUUCGAGGAAAUGAAAAUGAAAAGAGAGCCUUCGCCGGAAUGGGGUAAACCCACUGUAAAAACAGAACCUAAACCAAAGCCACAGGAAAAGGAUAAACCAAAUUUUGAAUUAUCCGGUAAACUCACAGAAGACACAAACACGGUAAAUGGAGUAGUUAUUAAAUAUUCUGAACCAGCGGAUUCAAGGAAGCCUAAGCGUAGGUGGAGGUUAUACCCUUUCAAAGGAGAAAAAGCAUUACCUACGUUAUAUGUUCAUAGACAAUCAGCGUAUUUAAUGGGCAGAGAACGUAAAGUUGCAGAUAUUCCUUUAGAUCAUCCAUCGUGUUCCAAACAACAUGCUGUUUUACAAUAUCGUUUAGUGCCUUUUCAAAGAGAAGGCGGCGGCGAAGGUAGAAGGACUCGCCCAUAUCUCAUAGAUUUAGAAUCCGCUAAUGGUACAUUUGUAAAUAAUGUAAAGUUAGAACCACGAAGAUACCAUGAACUACUAGAGCGGGAUGUCUUACGGUUUGGAUUUAGCUCUAGAGAAUACGUUCUCCUGCAUGAACAUAGCAAAGAUGAUUCUUUAGAUGAUGAUGUUCCCCUUGGUACUGCUACUACAAGUACUGCUAUAAUUACUACUACUACUACUACUACUACUACGACAACUUCAAUUGCUUAGAAUCUUCUUCUUAUAAAAUAAUUAUACAAAAACCUACAAGUAAUAUUUUAAAUACGUCAAAAAUGUAUUAAUGUUACCUUUUAAGAUAAAUUGCAAAACUAUUUCGUGGUUUCUUUCAGUCACACUACAGAAAAAAAUGAUCGCAGUCCUCGAAUGGAGCAUUUAUCAUAGAACAAUAUUUGUUGUAUGUAAUAAAAUUUCUAAAAAUCCCGAAAAAAUAAAUUGUCAUCGUAUAAGUUUUACAUUUUGUGUAAAUUAGUGACAAAGAUUGAUUGUAAUAAAUCACUUUUGAAAUA